GCCUCGAUCCGAGAAAUCGUAAACGUUACCGACAGUACAACCUGGAAGGCAGUCAUCAUGAAUCUUCCCUGGAAACGCCUCAUCCGCUUUCAGACCACCGACGGCCGGAUUCUCCGCGGUGAGCCACUUGUCGCAGCCGACGUUGACAUUGGCUUCAUCACUGCGGCAGAUCAAGUCCAGGCGCGUGUUCUCGCUGGAGAUGAUAUCUACGAUACGACAGGCAGGACGAGGCUUACAGACGAGGUUGUCGAUGUCAAGAGGGUCCUGGCUCCUCUUGCCAAGGAGGAGGUUCCGAUUCUGCGUUGUGUUGGGUUGAAUUAUGCCAAGCAUAUUCGCGAAGCUGGGCGCAAGCCGCCUCCAUUCCCCUUUAUCUUCUUCAAGCCGAAUACAACUGUUCACGACCAUGGCGCCCCCGUGGUAAUCCCUAGGAUCGCGCAGGACGACCAGGCGGACUAUGAAGGUGAACUCUGCAUGGUAAUUGGUAAAGACGCCAAAGACGUCCCCGUCUCCGAAGCCCUUUCCUACGUCGCCGCAUACACCGCCGGAAAUGACAUCUCGUCCCGCAAGCUGCAGCGAGACCCCGCGUUCGCCGGCGUCGUUCCACAGUGGGGGUUCUCCAAGGGGUUUGACACGUACGCCCCGCUGGGCCCGUGCCUCGUCGCUGCGUCGGAAAUCCCUGAUCCGAGGCAGCUGCACCUCCGCACAACGGUGGACGGCGAGGUGAGGCAAGACGAGAGCGUUUCGGAUUUGCUUUUCGACUGUGCGUAUCUGGUCUCAUACCUGUCGCAGGGGACAACGCUGCAGAAGGGGAGCGUCAUCAUGUCUGGGACGCCUGGGGGCGUUGGUGCUGGUUUGAAGCCACCAAAGUACCUCGUACCGGGGACGCAGAUGGAUGUUUGGAUAUCCAGGAUAGGGACGCUGAGGAACGGCGUGGUCUUUGCUUGAAUUGCCCUGGGCCUGGUGGAAAGAGGAGAUUGAAGUCUAUAGAUUCUUUUCGCCUUAGAAAUGGACUUGUAGCAGAACAG